AUGCGACUACGGCAAAUACGACGUCAACUUGGACGUAUCGUCAGUCAAUAUCGACCUGGAGCCGGGAGGAAGCGCGCAAGUGGCGCUGGGGCACCGGGCGAAGACGUCAUAGUAACCCUGCCCUCGGCGCUCGGAUGGCGCAUAACUAUACCCAUCACCGAACAAUCUAUACGAAGCAAAGAUGUCUAUGCGUGCUUCUGGAAUCAACAACUACGAGAACUACCAAGACUCGCCGAACGCAAGCAUGAGCCUCCAGUCGGACAGACCGGACAUGCCAGUGUCGCUGGGACGGACUAUGCGGGCGCAGGGACCACUGGCGCUGGCGCUGGUGUAGGCGCAGGAACGUAUGAGCAUGACAUCAAGCACCCAGUCGACUCGGCCGAAGUACGAGCGCCUCCCGCUAAAUCUGGCAGCAUCGGAGACCGCGUCGGCGCAAAGAUCGAGCAGGGCGCUGGGAUGCUGGGUGGGAUGAUCCAUGGCAUUAACCGCGGCAAAGACCGUUUCAACGAGGGCUUGGACAACAGCGUGUCCCAUGGUGGACGGUCUUGGGAGGAGAAGAACCGGGAUAUGGUUAGAGGUUUGAACCAGGGCAUCGAUAACGCGGCGGGUACGGCUUCGCGGGCGGCGCAUGAGGGCUAUCAUGAGCCUGGGACGGCGUCAACCACGGGUAGCACGACCGGGAGCACGGGAAGCAUGUACGAGACGAAACAGAUCUAG